AUGCCGCUGGAGACGUACCGCCGGCUGAUGGAUGUCAACUACUUUGGCGUGGUGAAUGUGCUGCACGCGGUGGUGCCGGCGAUGAAGUACGCGCUGGUCGGGCUGGGCCAGACGCUGGCGCAGGAGCUGAAGCCGUACGGCGUGGGCGUGACGCUCUGCUACCCACCCGACACGGACACAGCCGGCUUCGAGGAGGAGAACCGCACCAAGCCGGAGGAGACGCGGCUCAUCUGCGCCACGGCCGGGCUCUUCUCGCCGGACGAGGUGGCCGCUCAGCUGCUGCGCGACAUGAUGCGCGGAAACAUUACCAGCACAGUGGGCUCGGAAGGCAUGCUUAUGACCACCGUCGGUCUGGGCAUGGGUCCGGUCAGCUCGGCCGGCCAGUUAGCGCGCGAGGUGCUGCUCAUGCCGUUGUUCCGCCUGGUCGUCGCCUUCUUCCACUACUCCUGGGACGGCAUUGUGCGCGACUGCAUGAACAAGCGCGACGAAAGCAAAAAGAGCGAGUGA